GUGGAUGAAUACCUCCACCAUCCCUUCGAGCGUGACGGAAACGUGCCAGUCCUCCGGCUAAAGGGAGAAGACGAGCUGGGUCCCGCGCCGGUCUAUCCUCAAGACGCGGGGACGCCGCUACCCUCUCCCCAACUCUUGCUAGCGGAGGGCGACGAAGGGUACCUGAGCACGAUCACUUGGCUGCAAAAUCGUGGACCCUGUCUUCUACGUCUGCAGAGGAAGCCGGAGGAUUGGGUUCUGCGGAACCACCGUCAAUGGAAGUCUAACCUCCGAGGUCCUCCUAACUUGGUGAGAGCUGCUAGGACCAAUCCAGCUCGUCCCUUACCAGACGGCGCCAUCGACCCGUUCCGGAACCCUCUCCCGAACGAAAGGGAGAACGAGAUCUGGAGUUUGCGGACGUUCUUGUUUCGAUACAAUUUCGAACGACUAGCGGCAAGGCGGCUACCAAGUCUCCAAGCGGCCACGACGGACGCAGCGCGGGGGGCCAUCUGGGCAGGAGUACGCGACCGUAUUCGACGAGCGUGGGGACAAGGAACGACAACAUAUCCAUCCGCCGACGAGCCGCGUUACUUCGACAGUGACGACGACGUGGUACGCAUGAGGCACUGGUUCGCAAUCGGACGGCUCAUGCUCGAAUGGAACCUACGGGACGACAUCGCUCAAGACCUGCGACUCGCGAUGGGGGGCACUGUUAUGGAUGCGGUAGAGCGCAUCAAGGCUGCGUACGCUAACGUAUAUAGGACUACCUUCGAUAAUCGCGACCCGCAGGCUUUCGUACCGCGUCCCUAG